AUUGAUUUACUGAACUGCAACUUCAAUAAUUAGAUGCAUUUUGUAAACAGGGUCAUGAUGGGGAUCCAGCAGAGUGCAAACUGUUGUGGUUGGAUGAAUAGAAAUUCCCUCUAUGGAACCGCAGAUUAUUCUGCUAAUCAGCCCAAAAGAAAAGCAAAGCAUUUAGGGCCUGAGUUCCUCCGAAAGCCUAGAGAACCACAAACAAGCUUGGAACUGUCAGGAUCAAUUGUGACAAAGAAAGGCAAGUCUAGUUCCUCUCAAAGGGAUCUCGGUGUUAUUAUGCCAAACGGACAGUAUAUUGAAGUGAAGUGUGAUAUCAAGUCUAAAGCUAGAGAUGUCUUUGACUUGGUUGUGGCUCAUGCAAAUCUAGUGGAACACUUCUACUUUGGUCUUGCUUUCAUUGAUGACAAUAAGUUUUUCUUUGUGGAUCACGAGACCAAGCUGUCGAAAGUUGCUCCCGAAGGCUGGAAGAAAGCAGCGCCCAUCCGUACUUUUACUUUGUUUCUUAGAAUUAAGUUUUUUGUGGAUAACAUCAGUUUCAUCCAACACAGACUAACUCGGCACCAGUACUAUCUACAGCUGCGGAAGGAUAUCCUUGAAGAAAGAUUGUACUGUAGUGACGAGACGGCUCUACAGCUCGGUGCUAUCGCUCUACAGGCAGAAUAUGGGGACUAUCUCCCGGAGGUGUAUGGGAAGAAUUACUUUCAGCUGGAGCAUUACAUUCCUGCAAGUGUGAUGGAAAAAAUGGCCUUGACAUGCUUUAAAGAGGAGCUUCCGAGAUUACAUGCCAAUUAUAUCAGACUGUCCACUGAAGAGGCAGAAAUGGAAUACUUGAAGGUUUUGCAGCAGCUUCCAGAAUAUGGGGUGCUUUUUCAUCAUGUUGCAUGGGAAAAUAAAGCUGUGCCAGGACACUCGGUCCUUGGGAUAUGUGCCAAAGGCAUCAUUGUUUAUGAAGCAAAAAAUAAUUCCAGGAUUGCAAGCCUUAGAUUCCAAUGGCGGGAAACUGGAAGUAUUUCUUCAAGUAGGAGGAAAUUUAUUGUGGAGAGUCGUUCAAAUGGGAAAAAGCACAUCUUUCUCACAGAGAGCUCAAAGAUUUCCAAAUACCUUGUGAGUCUUUGUUCUGCCCAGCACAAAUUUCAAAAUGAAAUGAACUCUCGAGAACUCAGCCUAAACCCUCCAACAGAAGAAAAUAAAUACCCUGCAUUAGAAGAAAGCAUAUCAAGGUAUGCUGCUCGACACAAAGGACUAGCUCAAAGGUUGUCUUGCUCGGAAAGUGUGCUAAAUCCCUCCCAUCUGAAUGCAAUACCAGGUGAUGUGAUGAGCAAGUCUUGUGAUGAUAUUAGUGUUGAAAUAGAGACUGGGUCUGGAGAUGAACCACAGAUUUGGAGCUUUUCAGAUGCUCUUUCUCACUUAGAAACAUGCUCCUCUGUGCAAAAGAAAGAAGGACAUUUUGAUGGUGCACCCGGUCAUUCAAGCCACCCCAUAUUAAAUGGUUCACAAACUAAGACAGAUUUGCCAGAGAGAGAAAUUAUCUGUGCAACGUUGAAGAAGGACCCAGAGCUUGGCCUUGGCUUUAUAAUUGUUGGUGAAGACAAAACGGGAAAAUUAGAUCUUGGAAUCUUUAUUGCAUCCAUUAUACCUGGUGGCCCUGCAGAUAAAGAUGGCCGUAUUAAACCAGGUGGAAGGCUGAUUUCAUUAAACAAAACAAGUCUGGAAGGAGUCACAUUCAGUACGACUUCUGGAAUCCUGCAAAAUUCUCCAAAGGAGGUGGAACUUAUUAUUUCUCAAUCAAAAAAUCAAACAGCAAAACAAUGGAGCAAGAAACAUAAGACACAAGGCAACCACUGCAAUAUAGAAGGAAAGUAUGACUCCCAAACAACAUUAACCACAGAGAACCACUUAUCCCACAAUGAACUUGAGACAAUAACACCUUGUUCUGGAGCAAAAGUACAGGCGGUUCGGAUCAUGGGUACCCAGGACGGUGGACCAGAAUCUGUGCUUAAAGACAAUGUAAAGCUAAGUGAAGUGUACUGUGUAGAACUAAGAAAGACUGAUGGAAGCCUUGGAAUCAGUGUAACUGGUGGAGUGAACACAAGUGUACGUCAUGGCGGGAUUUAUAUCAAGGCUAUUGUACCCCAAGGAGCAGCUGACCGAGAUGGGCGAAUCAGAAAAGGUGAUCGCCUGUUGGAGGUAGAUGAUAUCAGUCUGCAGGGUAUCACUCACAAGGAAGCUGUAGAGUGUCUGAAGAGAACAGGAGAGGUAGUUCGGUUGCUUCUGCAGAGAGGACAUCACACAGCCAUAGAGAAUCACAGCCCAGGAACCAAGAGAGCUCCUGCAGCCAUUCAUGUCAGUCAGAUAAGAAAAGACAACUACACCGCCAUUUCUAUGGCAACACCCUUGUCAGUCAAUGUCAAGGACUACAACUUUGUGGUGGAUGAUAACACUUUUGAAGUAACGUUAAAAAAGAACAUUAGUGGCAUUGGUUUCAGUUUCCUGCAGAUGGAAUCUCUUCCGGGGGACGGAGGGGGCAUUAUCAGGAUCAAAAGACUUUUCCCAGGACAACCAGCAGAGGAAAGUGGGAAGAUUGAAGUUGGGGAUGUCAUUCUUGCUGUCAAUGGGGAAUCAGUAAAGGGGCUGUCAUAUCAGAAAGUUCUUCAUCUUUUAAGGGGUGCCCCGCCUGCAGUGACACUGUCUCUGUGCAGACCAGCUUGUGGUGUACUUCCAGAAAUAGACACUCAUGCAACGACUCCAGCACCUUCUCCCGUUAAAGAGAUGAAAUCAAGAUUAGCUGCCUUCCGCCAAACAGAUGUCACAAUACAUGAAUAUAAAUGCGCCCUACAACAACAAAACGAGGAGAGGACUCAAUACAGGGAAGGUCAUUCCAAGGAACCAGAACAGCAGGAGGAUUUUACAGUUUCAGACUGCGACAGUGGCUCUGAGUUAGAUGAAGGAAAUGCCGCUUUUUCACAUUGCGUGACAACGUCGCCUCACCAUAGUAGCCAUUUUUUCAGAUUGAAAGGAAACACUUCACCAACAUGUACUACUCUAGCUGAAGAUGUAAGACAAAACUGCUACUCUGAAUGUGAUUUAAAUAAAAUCUGUGAAAGUAGCACAACAGAAGAGAUGGAUGAAACAAUCGCUUAUUGCCAGCUGGAUAAAGCAUCGCUUGAUGAGGAAUAUUUGACAAUCAGCUCAACGUCUGUUACCCCACCCUCUUGUAGUUCCAGUACCCCCUUAACCCUGAUCCCCACCCCUCAGCCCCGAGCACUAGCACCGUCUCCUCAGGCUCAGGUUCAAGUGGAAGAGCCACUCAACAGCAGUGAUGAGUGGGAGGAUUUAGAGGAGGAAAAGCAGGAAAAACGUGUCUCCUACGAAUCUGAGCUGUCAGUCACAUUAACAAAAUCUCACUGUGGCAGUUUUGGAUUUACUAUCGUUCGAAGUAAACUGGAUGGCUGUUACUACAUUCAAGAUAUUCUAGAUGACCCAGCCAAGGCAGAUGGCAGAUUAAGAGCUGGGGACAGACUGAUUGUGGUGAAUGGACAGGAUGUAUCCAAUGUUUCCCAUGAUGAGGCUAUGUCUGUACUGAGAUGCACACCUAAUAAACUAAUGGUGACUGUUGGACGGGUUGUCCAUAAUCUGAGGGCACCCCCCUGUCCUGAAAACAUUCCAGACAUUGUCCUUGUGAGGAGCCCGAGUGGACAGUUAGGGAUUAAGCUAACUGGAGGAAUUGGCAGCAAGUGGCAAGGCAUUUACGUUCUUGAGGUCGUUCCAAGCUCUCCCGCUAGUGAAGAAGGCAGUCUUCAGCCCAAUGACAAGAUACUGUACAUCUGCGGUAAAUGUACAAUGGGUAUGAGCUUAGAGGACGCUGUGAAUGCUUGUGAGUCAGCUGCACGGAGAGUGGAGAUCAAGGCUACAAGAGAUGAUCAACCAGUGAUGCCAAAAGGAAAAUGGAAUGGAUUAUUUGAAUGGGAAAAGGAAAUGAAACUAUUCCCUCGUUCUGAAGACCAGAGCCCUCUGAAACAAGAAGAGCAAGGUCAAGACACAAAACAGUUGGAUGAAGAUACUGCUAACUCUAGACAAAUAUUAUCUAGCGCUUCCGAACAUGAGAGCUGUAUAAUCCAAGUUGAAUUCAAAAAGCCGGAAAGAGGAGGCUUUGGAUUUGCUUUAGUGGGAGGCAACAAUGGAAGUGUGCUUACAGUGAAGGCAAUCAGUCCAGGCAGUGUGUCAGAUCUCGAUGGAAGAUUAAAAGUUGGAGACAUUUUGUUAGAGGUAAAUGAUGAUAUUGUGUCUGGCCUAAGUCACAGCAAGGUUGUUGAAAUACUGCGGAAAGCCAAGGGAACUGUGAAGCUCACUGUUUGCAGAAAUACACCUGCAGGUUCAACAAGUGAAAAUCACACCAUGCAAACCACUUACACAAACACAGAACAGCUGGUUCAUGACCGUUGUAAAGGACAAGGAGGUCUUGCCAACACAGAUGUAAAACCAAAUUUAAAAACCAUGCAAGCAUUAGAAAAAGAAGAAUCUGAGGAAUACACUGACUCCGGUGUUUCAGUCACAGCUCAUCAGCAAAACUCCAGGUCAGCCCUUUGUGUCCCAGAUAUACUUCAGCCCAGCACAGACAGAAGCUUAGGUCCUCGUUCAUACAUGUACCAUGAGACUAAAAUUAAGGAAAAGAAAAACAGUGAUUCAGAUGGAUGGAGCAGUGAUGAGGAUUCACCUCAUUCUUCUUUUCGGGAGUUUCUACCAUCUACAGGCAAAAUGAUUGUGUCUGAAGAAGAACUCUCCCGUUUGUCUGUGGUGAAUCCACUCAGAAAUGGGCUGUAUUCUGGAUCCAGUCUCUGUGUCCUUAUUCAAAUACUUCAGCAGCAGCUUGAUGAACAGCAACCACUUAAGGAGUUUAUGGCCUUGGAACAUUUAAAACCCUUUGACAACUGCCUUGUAGGAAAAUCUCUUGAGAACAGAGACAAAAACAGAUACAGAGACAUAUUGCCUUAUGAUAAAACACGGGUUCCUGUUGGAGAAGAACAAGGUUAUAUAAAUGCAAGUUACAUCAAAAUGUCAGUUGGCCCAAAAGAGUACUGUUACAUUUCAUCUCAAGGACCCAUGCCUGGCACAACUGAUGUAUUUUGGCAAAUGGUCUGGGAGAAUAAAUCAGAUGUGAUUGCAAUGAUGACUCAAGAGGUGGAGCGUGGAAAAGUCAAGUGUCAUAAAUACUGGCCUGACCAACUCAACAAGCCAGUGGAUACAAACAAAUACCAACUUAUUCUGGACAAUUAUCAGAUUCUAGACUAUUUUCAAAUUAAAAUCAUUAGGAUGAUUGAAAAGGAAAGUGGAAAUACACACGUGGUGAAGCACUUGAAAUUCACGACCUGGCCAGACCACGGCACUCCCAGGUCAUCGGAACACCUCGUAAGGUUCAUUCGCUACAUGAGAUCAGUUCAACGAUCAGGACCUGGAAUUGUUCACUGCAGUGCUGGAAUUGGGAGGUCUGGGGUACUCAUCUGUAUUGACGUUAUACUCAGCCUGAUCGAAAAGGAUUUUGAUAUUAAUGUAAGGGAAAUAGUGAAGGAGAUGCGACAGCAAAGACAUGGAAUGAUACAGACAAGGGAUCAGUACCAGUUCUGUUACAAAGUCUUGGUGGAAGUUCUACAGGGCAUUCUGGAACUUCAUGGUAACCAACAGCAACAGCAAAAACUGUUUUGAUCAGUGUCAACUUUAGUUAUUCCAGUUUGCAAAGGACACAUUUUGUGAAUAUGUUUUGAAUUAUUUUUGGAAAUAUAUUGUUUUUGUAAAUUCUAAGUAUCCCCUUACAUAUCCUUUAGUGCACCAUUUGUAACAUGUAAGAAUUUGCACAGCUAAAACCAUGUAUUAAUACCUUUGAAGCUACAAUGCAUGCCUUUUAUUCAUCUUGCCUUGCCAGUAUAACAACGUUGAUGCAGUGAGUGUCUUUUCAGUUCAACAUAUAAUGUGCAUUGUUACGCAAAUUGUUUUGAAGGCUUAUCAUUCAGUAUUGAGAUUUUCAAAGGGAAUACCAGAACCACUGGGUACAAAAUUAACCAGAAGACCUAGAGUCUUAUGGGUCCAAAUGUUUUUCUGUUUGUGCCUUACAAGAUUCACGAAUGUACUGUUACUCUUGGCAGCCCCUUUUCUGUGAAAUUAUCCUUAAAUCCACCCUAGAGACUGGUGGUGGAGAUAUUGGUGUGUGAAUAACAGGGGGGGGGG